AUGACGUCACUUAGACUCUCAGACAGCUGGAUGGAUGAGGAAACAGUGUUCACAUCCUGUGAAAGAGCUGAGAAAGAAGUGGAGACACUGAAGAGGAAACUGGAGCCUGAGAACAGCAGCAGCUCAGUCAGUCUGGAGACGUCAGGAGACGUCACUGUGGUGGUUAAUGACGACUACAAGUUUAUCUGUCUGAGAAACAAGUCUGAUCAGGACAAACCACUGGGAGGACGUCAGUUAAAAGUCCAGAUCAACAAUAGUGAACCCAUCACAUACACAUUUGAUCCAUCAAUGAAACUCAAGACUGGAAAGUCUGUUACUAUAUGCCAUCCAGACUGUGAGCCUCUUUAUGUUCUCUCUGGUUACCUGGUGUGGAAGGACCUGAAGUCCUGGAAGUCUGGAGACAGAGUCCAGGUCUCUCUGCAGUGAAAUAGUUCCCAGUUGAACUCCUUCAAUAAAGUUCAGUAAUCCAGCAAACAGCAACAUUAUAGAUGAGA